GGGCGACCCACCCUGAACACGCGCAUCCAAAUUGGCUGGGUGACAACUUUAGUCAUAACCUCCAACAUGGCUGAAGCAGAGACGAGCGAGGUAACUUCCACCAGCGGAAUUUUACAAGAAAUCUUCACUUCCCCGCUAAACCUGACCCUCCUGAGUUUGUGUCUGUAUUUGGUGUACAAAAUCUUGCGCGGAGACAAGCAGCCGGACUUUGGCGAGGUGGAAAAGCCGCUGCCCAAACUGAAAAAGAGGGACUUUACCUUGGAGGAGUUAAAGCCCUACGAUGGACUCCAAAAUGAGCGUAUACUUAUGGCUGUGAACGGCAAAGUAUUUGAUGUGACGAGAGGAAAGAAGUUUUAUGGACCAGAGGGUCCAUACGGAGUGUUUGCGGGCAGAGAUGCAUCUCGGGGCCUGGCCACCUUCUGUUUGGGGAAAGAGGCGCUGAAAGAGGAGCACGACGACCUCUCGGACCUCAACAACAUGCAGCUGGAGAGCCUGUCUGAGUGGGAACAGCAGUUCACCUUUAAGUACGACUACGUGGGGAAGCUUCUGAAGCCUGGAGAGGAACCAACAGAAUAUACAGACGAUGAGGAGGCGAAGGACAAGAAGAGCGACUAGAGACAAAUUUAACACCAUACAAUUCGCAAUCAGGACAUCAUGGCCACAGCCAAAUUCUCUGUCAAAUGCUCACCUCUGCUAUUAUAAAAAAUAAAACUUAAAAAAAAAAAUGAAACUGUGAUAAAACAAGGACUAAACCAAGACUUUAUCAAAAUUAUACCUAGAACAGCUGAAACGAGUUCAACAAAGACUAAACCAGGACUCAUCCAAGACUGAACCGGGACUGAUUAAGCACUAACUACUAUAUCAAGACCCAUUCCUUUAUUAACUAAAUAUAUUCCUGAGGCAGUUUUUAGCCAUGCACUGAUGGAUCAAACCCAUACAUUUAGCUCCUCAUACAUACAUAUGAAAUAAUGUCAACAACACUUACUUUUAAAUGAAUGAGACCAAGAAAGUGCCAUUUUCACAAUUAUUCUUAUGUGUUAAAUAUUUUGUCUAAAUCAUUGACAUAUGCAAUAAAAAGUACAGAAUGGUGGUGGGAACUUAGCUGCUGUUUCAAAAGUUGAAGGUGCUCUUUUCUGGUUGAAGAUAUUGCUAUUUCACCAUAUUAUCUUUUUAAAUAUUUCUAACCCCCAUAUUUCAAUGGGGUCAAGUCAAAUCUGUGGAAAUGGGACCCCGCUCAUAAAAAUGCAUGUUAAUUUUGAUCAGCAGAAGGUGGGCAGAAUGUUUAAUGCCAUAUUCUGAAACAUUUCAAACUAAGCAAUAACAUCUCUAUGGAGAGAAGUAUGUGGCGGACCACUAAAAGAAAAAAUACACAGCGCAUCUUUAAUGUUAAUCAUUAUGACACGUUUUUUCCUUAUUUGCUUUUUACAAUACAACACCACCUAUUGACACAUUCCUGAUCGCUACUUUAUCUGUGCAGUACUCAGCCCGUCAGUUCAUAAGCAGUAAACUAAUACAGUUGUUAAACACUACAUGCUGCAAAUGCCUUAAUGGUUGAAUUGUAUUGUUUUAAUCUUUCAGACUGUAAUUUGUAGUUCUUUUCAAAGCCUUAAUAUGUACUAUGAACUCUGUAAUUGUGUAUAUGAAAACAGAAUAAAAAUGCAGUUAUAUGUCAAUAAAAUGAGCAGUACUGA